AUGAAUAACUCUUCCACGGUAGCAUCGAACGAGAGUGCCCAAUUUCAGAAGCCCGUAAUUUAUAAAAAUCGGGCGAGAAGCAUGAUGCACCGGAGUGUCAGGAACGGGUCAGAAAAUCAACAGACCGAACAAGGCAAUGGGAUGAGCAUCGGGGACAAAAUCAGAAGGCUCUUUUCGAGCAAGCAUGAUCAGACCAUAAGAGAUUUGCAGAAAACGAAACUCACGAAUAAAAGCAUUCAAGAACAGGAAGCAACUGAGAGGAGCGUAAACGAAUUCCUUCCUACUGAUCAUCAGAACGUAGAAUGGCAGCCAGUGUAUCGCGAAAGUUGUAAAAUAAAACUGCCGGUGGACGAAAGUGCGACGAAAGUAGUCUUGCCAGAAGAGGUGCUGGACGACUGGGUUCAUAGUCAAAAGAAGAUUUCGCAACAGUUGAGGCAUAGGAAAGAGGGGGGAAAUGGCCAGGAGGAUCAAUACGAGGAGGAUGAAUACCAGGGGGACGACCUAUCCGAGCUGGAUAGUAAUUGCCUUUUCAGAAAAGACACCUCCAAAAAAUCGUGCAGGAUUAACAGCACCAAGGAGCAGUACUCCAAGUUUAAGUACUAUUACAACUACUAUUUGGUAGACGAGUACUUGGAGUCCUUGGCUAUGUCCCAAAACAAGAACCUCGACGCCACUGGGCUGGACGAGCACGGCCAGCUGUACGAUAACGUGAGUUUGAACGUGAAGCCGAUAAUCGUCUCAGAGCAGAGACUGGAGAACGGAGUCCCCUACGACCCCUCCAAACUGCUCCAGUGA